ACACCAGCCCCAGCAGCUACUACACCAGCCCCAGCAGCCACUACACCUGCUCCAGCACCGACAACACCAGCUCCAGCAGCUACUACACCAGCCCCAGCAGCUACUACACCAGCCCCAGCAGCCACUACACCAGCUCCAACAGCUAAAGAUGCACUUCUUGCAGCACAGCAGUCAAAUGGCGCUUCAACAUGCGUAGAUGCAAAUGAAGAAGAAUGCAAAAAGAAGUCAUCACUUUGUACUAACGCCGCUUACCACGAUCUGAUGGUGAAGAAAUGUCCAGCAACAUGCGGUUUCUGCGGGGAAGGUCCAGCAAAAGCAGAAACCACACAGCCAGCAGCUCCAGCAGUUGCAACAACAGCUGCUAGACCAUGUGCUGACUAUAAUUCAAACGAGUGUCAACAAAAGAUAAGCUUAUGCAAAAACCAAGUCUACCAUGACUUGAUGAAAAAGAAAUGUCCUGUAACUUGCGGCUUGUGCGGUGAAUCACCUGCUGCACCAGUAACUACACCCGCCCAAAUCACUGCAGCAGCAGUAACUACAGCCGCUCAAACUACUGCAGCAGCAGUAACUACAGCCGCCCAAACUACUGCAGCACCAACCACUACAACACCGUGCCAGGACGACCCAGCCUCAAAAACGUUGUGUUUCUCAAUGAAAGCACUCUGUACCAACCCGAAAUUCCAAGCAACAAUGGAAAAAAUGUGCCCAAAAACCUGUGGAAUAUGUUAA